UUAUAACAACCCUGUUGUUUAGUGUACACCGUAGCAUUGCUUUGUUGACAUUCAGUAUCAUUCUGUGCUUGUGCUCAGCUGUGCAUAAACAAAAUAUCAAGUUAUUUAACAAUUAAGGCAAAUUAAAUUAAAACGUUAAGCAAUUCAACAUUAACGUUUGUUAAGCACCAGCAUAAUAAUAAAAGCAAUUUAUUGACUGAGCUGAGGAUUCUAACAACAGUUUAAACAUGGCUAAUAAAUUUUACUAUUUUGGCUUUGGCAGCAAUAUGUUAGCACGUCGCAUACAUAUACAAAAUCCUACAGCUAAGCGCAUUGGAGCUGGUAAACUAGAGAACUAUCGUCUGGAUUUUCAGGGCAUAGGCUCUAGCAGAUGGCUGGGAGCACCUGCAACAAUUGUGCCUACGCCUGGCUCACAUGUCUACGGCGCUGUUUGGGAAAUUGAUAUGUGUAAUCUUAGCGACUUGGAUAAUCAGGAAGGCGUUUCAGAUGGCAUCUAUAUACCCAUCAGUGUGGCCGUGCAGACUUUGCAUGAUAAUUCGCAGCUAGAAUGCCGUGCCUAUCAUCUGAGCACACAGCCCGAGAGCGAUUUACAUGCAGCUGGAGCGCUUAACAUUCCACACAAUCGUCAGCCAUCCAAAUCGUAUUUGAAAGUGCUGGUCAAAGGCGCUGAGGAGACAGGCGUACCUCAAGAAUAUCUUAAAUGGCUUAAAGGACUCAAGCACAAUGACAAUUAUGUCGAGGAUAUGGAGCAGAUAUUGCAGCUGGAGCAAGUCAAACUUGACCAAUGAGAACAAACUCAAUGUAACUUUGCAUUAAAUGGUCUUAAGUUU